CACAGGUUCAACAUCGCUGAUGUCAGGGUGCAGAUAUUCUCUGAAUGACACUCCUGCCUCUCCAUCUGGCCCCAGAUAAGGGUGGGGUCAGCCCUAUAAAUAGUCUCCGAUCAUCCCCCUGGCUCAGGCCCCAGCCAGCCUGGACCAGUCAGUCCAGGAUCAGCAUGGCUGUCCGCCUGUGGGUGGUUGCCCUGGCCAUGGCCGCCCUCCUCAUUGUGGACAGGGCCUCAGGGAAAGCUAAAACCACAGUGCUGGGCACACUUCCAGUGAUGGAGAAGUCUCCACUUCUGGAAACAGCAUCCUUCACUGAGAAGUGCCAGUGUCCGUGGAGGGAAAGUUCACUUUCUCAAGAAUGGAAAACCAAACAGGACAUCCAGAUUGUGAAGGAUGGCAAAUGCUGACCCCAUAGCAGCCUCUUAAGCCAAGAAGCUUCAGGCUAGAGAAGAGUGGUGAGAGUGGAGGAUAUGACAUGAAAUAAAAGAUCCAGCCCAACUCAA